CUCACAGACAGUCACCUGGCCCGGCGCGUGCUGCUCCUUCUCUCCCCCAUCCCGCACCUUACACGCCUGCGAGGGGAAAACAUAGAAACUGUGAUACAACUCCCCACCGCGUCUCAUACACACACACAAGGGGUGGACUCGCACACGCAUACACACCACCUCCUCCGUCGUGGUGUCUUUAGAGGUCGAUGUAAAAUGACACGUCGUGGAGACACCAACAACGACACCACCAAGACGACCUUCUACCCCUCAGCACUCCCCAGUGACUCGUCGUGAAGUGAGAUACCAGUGCUGUAGUUAAUAACUUUUUUAAAAGAAAGACGGACACUGAAAAAUUAACAGAAAUGAAGUAGAACGGUGCGACAGGUGUCAGCUGAUCCGUCGGCCGGUCAAGGUGCGUCGGACCUCGGUAUUUUUAGUGUGUGUGUUUGCGUGUGCGUGUGUGCAUGUGUGUGUGCGUGUGUGUGUGUGGAGGAGCACCCCGGACUUAAUGAUCAUGGUGAGUGCGACAGUGGUCAUGGGGACAUAAGGCGGUGGAGUCACUUACGCGUUAAUUCCUGCGGCGCGAUGAUUGGAUAGCAUCAACAACAGUUCCUCCUUAACCUCUUCCUCCUCAUCCUGCCCCUCAUCCCCUUCCUCCUCCUCCACCUCAUCCUACCCUCCGCCUCUUCCCUCACCUCCAAUCCUACUCCCCCACCUUCUCCUGAACCCUCAACUGGAGGUCCUGCUUGAAAAGGAACACGUCCAAGUGCUUGGCCCUCAGCCCUGGGAGUCAAGAAAGUGUCUGUAGCGGAACACUGUUUGAUGAAGGCUCAACAACUCCUGUUGGGGACGAUGAACUUCCCAGCGUUGAGACAGAGCCAGAGCCAGUGUUCAGGGUGUUGAGAAAAGGCCCGAUUGAGGAACCCUGACAGAAAAGGGUUACUUCCUAGUGUACGAAGAGUCCAAAUGUGGAUCACAGACAGAAGGGGGCUAUAUAACACUACUAGACAGGGGCUACUGCGUAUAACACUACCAGAAAGGGACUUAUGCCUAGUGUUAUACCCAAGUGUUGUCCAGAGGUGACCCGCUCCACGCGCCCCGCUCCACGCACGCUGAACUAACCAGUUUGGCGUGCUGGUGGUGGUGUGGUUGUUGUCGUUGUUGCUGUUGAGCGGCUGUUAUUACCAUCAUGCUCUCUGCCCUACUGCACCUGCUGCCGCUGCUGUUCCUGCCCCCCGCUGCCCCAGCAUUCGUCUGUCUAGACGCCGGUGUGUGAGCCUGAGGAUCACCCCCUCUCACAGUCGCCGCCCAUGACUUACUCCAUCUACCUGCAGGCCUGUGUCGACAACUACGAACACGUCAACCUGUCCACUCAUGAGAGUUGGUGUAACGCUACCUGGGACCUGGUGUUGUGCUGGCCGCCCACGCCCGCAGGAGGGAGCACUCGGCUGCCCUGCCCACCCGUCAAGGGGGUCGAUCCUUCAAAGUAUGUGUACAAGCACUGUGAUGGGUCGGGUCGGUGGACAGGCAAGACCCCGGGGGACUUCACACUGCCCCAGGGAUGGACCAACUACACUGUGUGCUUCACCAAGGCCAUCCAGGAGAUCAUGCAAGAACUGUACAAGCAGUCUGAUGAAGACGCCCAGACGAAGCUGAACAUCGCCCUGGGUACUCGCAUCAUGGAGAUAGUGGGUCUCAGUCUCUCCUUGGCGUCCCUCUGUGCCUCGCUCGCCAUCUUCUUCCACUUCAGGAGUUUGAAGAACAACCGGACGAGGAUCCACCGCAACCUGUUCGUGGCGAUGGUGAUCCAGGUGAUGAUCCGUCUGGUGCUGUAUAUCGACCAGGCCAUCAUCCGCGGCCACAUCGUCGGUCACUCGCCUACGAACACCAACGCCCCCAGGCAGGGAAUCGACAACACGCCCAUGUUAUGCGAGGCAUCUUAUGUUCUCCUGGAGUACGCACGCACCGCCAUGUUCAUGUGGAUGUUCAUCGAGGGGCUGUACUUACACAACAAGAUAACAGUUACAGUGUUCCACCACAAGUUCUACUACAGUGUGUAUCACGCCGUGGGGUGGGGAGUGCCAGUACUCCUGACCGCCGCCUGGGCCACCGCCACCGCCAUGCACUACGGCAACUCAAGGUGCUGGUGGGGAUAUAACUUCACCUCGUAUUUUUGGAUCUUGGAGGGGCCUCGCUUCUCAGUUAUUUCGAUGAACAUGGUGUUCCUUCUGAACAUCAUCAGAGUGUUGGUCACCAAGCUGAGGCAGAGUAAUUCCAGCGAGGCUCUGCAGGUCAGGAAGGCGGUGAAGGCGGCCAUUGUGUUACUGCCACUGCUUGGCAUCACUAACGUGCUCAACAUGGUGGCGGCGCCCCUGGGACGCUCGGCGGCAGAGUUCGGGCUGUGGUCGUACGCCACUCACUUCCUCACCUCAUUCCAGGGCUUCUUCAUCGCCCUCCUCUACUGCUUCCUCAACGGCGAGGUACGGACGGCGGUUAGGAAGUACGUGGACAACUACCUACUCCACCGCAGCGCCGGGGUGCGUCGAGGGUCUGGGCUGUCGUCCGUCUUCCUCACCACAGUGACUGACCUGCCAAGGGACCGGCACGGCCGGACCAGACACCUCUGUGCCUGCCUGAGGGGCAAUCACAGUCCUACACAUGGAUCGUACUUAUGACAGUUGCGACGACUCCCUGGCUGCCCCAAGAAGGUCGUCAGGGGGUCGGCGGCGCACCAUCACCACCUACGCAAGAAAAGGUCUCACGACCGCUCUACCUUCAGCACGGGGCGACGUGACGGCGUGGGCACGGCUCACACCACUCCAGCCACUCUGCACGCCACUCGCGACGCUCCAUCCUUCGCGGACUCCACCACCACGCCCUCCAACACCUGUCACGUCUUUCCCGACAUUGAGCUAGACUCCACCGACGCCUCCAAUGCCAUGCCGUCGCUACAUAUGGUAGCGUCCCACUGUCUCAGGCAAUGUAGUCGUUUCAGCCUGCCGGAGGCGCAGUUAGAGUGUACCAAGGCUCGAUUAAAGGACCCGGAAGCAGAGUGCGAUCAGGACUGCUGCUGCCUCCAUGAGUCCUCCAGUACCGCCCUGGAGCAGCUGAGGGACAGCCCCAGUAGAGGGGCAGGUGAGGAGCAGGAAGGGGGCGACAUAGCGCUGAGGACACUUAAGCCUCACAGGUCCUAUUCUUUAAGGCUCACUAGGAACUACAACUCCAACAGCUCUCGAGUGAGGGAACAAGACAGCAGUUUUACUAAUGGGCCUUCAAAACCCCACCUUAAUUGUACUGACUGCCAGUGUAAGAGUGCUCAGCGAGUCUCGGAUGUGUUGGUCGACGCGAGACAUAAAAAUCGCUCGUCCCAAGUUAGUUCCGUGGCGGAAAUCCCUGAAGUGUGCUCGAGCCUCGUAGCCCCAUGUGCCUCCUGUCAAUCCCAGACGUCACGGGACUCCUGCUACGACCACCAACGAGACGACGUCGAGGACGUCGAGGACGUCGCGGAGGAGGUGACUGAGUCAGGGUGCUCUGACGCGCGCUCAGAAUUCGAAGAAGUUAUCAUCACUACUACCUGCUAGCACUGUUACUGUCGAGUUAACAGAAGGAAACAACAGAUCUGGUACCUCAUCCUGCUAGCUGUGUAGUCCUAAUAUUAACAGCUGGAGAUGAGAGCAGCGCUCUUUAAGAGCCAUUAUCUUAACAGUACAGAAAGGGUAGUAGUGAAGAGGAUGGCCAGCCUACUCUCAUAACAAGAGCAGGAGUUCAUUGCCUUCUCAUCCCUCUCUUCCACAAUUCUUGCAGUGGCUCGCAUCCUCAGUACUUCAAGCAUCCUCAGAGACAAGACAGUGAGGGCUGCCCUCUAUGCUCUGACCCGGGAACCCCACGUCUCAGACCACAUGGGCCUUCACCUCACCUCUAAAAUUAAGCUCGUCCGACAAUUUAAGUGUUUUUAAACAGUCUUUAGUGACGACUCUUGACAACAGAUGUGGCCAGUUCGUGCUGUUCAGGACUCGGGAAAGAGUCAUAAGAUAUGUAAAAAGCAAAAAAAAAAACAUUAAGGUUUAUGUCAAAAAUUUCUUAGGCUAGUGUGUGAUAUUUCUACACGUUCUUAGUGUCAGUGAGCUGUAAGUAAUCCGCCUUUUGAGAUUGAAUCCCCUUGUUGGAUUUAGACCAAUAUAUCUAUUUCUUUUUUGAGAUGUCGCUUAUUAAAAUAUACAUGAUUGUAAAUGUCGCUAUCGUAAAAACUUUACUUCUAAACUAAAUUACAAAAGACAUGAGAAGGCCAAGAGGAUGUCCAGCAGUUACAUAAAAUAUUGGUUUAAAAAGAAAAUUUAAAUAUUCCACAAUUUUUCCCAUUCUCAGAGGAAUUCAAUUCAUAAUAUUCUAGUUUCUUCUUUUCAAUAAUAACCAAAUUUGGCGAUAAAUUUAAGCCUAUCUCGAUUAUAGUAAAAAAUAAAUAAAAAUAUAUGGUUUUAUCGAGAAGCAAAAUUUUCCUGUAAAUUUGUUAUUUUCUUUGGUGGUAAUAGAUAACAUGGGUCUGGAUUUAUAGACUACCUGAAGACGAUAAGAAACUACCUGUGUGGGUGAGGUGACCUACUCACCUUACUCCAACACUGUCCAGUAAGUCACUAUGUGUAUGUCAAAAACCAUUACAUUAACAAUAAUAAUAAAAAGCGUUAUCAGUCUUCACAAUAGAUGAGGUACAGGUAAUUACACCAAUGGACACCAAAGCAUUCGCUUAUAUCGCCACAACAACCAUCACCACCGCAACCAUUACCCCCAACAACCAUCACCACUGCAACCAUCACUGCCGCAACCAU